AUGUGGGUCUUAUCUGGUUGCUAUGUUGGAGAUCAUGGUCUAGCUGCUGUUGGACAAUCUUGUAAGCAGCUUGGGGAUUUAAUUUUGCGAUUUUGUGAGGCCUUAACAGAUGCAGAUUUAGUUGAAUUAGCUCUUGGUUGUGGGAAUUCAUUGAAAGCUCUUGGUAUUGCUGCUUGUGCUAAGAUAACUGAUGUCUCACUGGAAGCAGUGGGUGUACAUUGCAAGUGUCUUGAGACCCUUUCUUUAGAUUCUGAGUUCAUACUCGUUUUGUUGUAUUGUUUGCUCUUGGCAUGGAGAAAGGCAGUCAGAAUAGAUUUCAUCUCCUCAUCCAUGGCUGUAAGCCAAUUUUUUCUGUCCUUACAAGCAAUAGCACCUUGCUUAGAUUUGUUCUCAUUCACUUUCAUUUCUGAAUUUAACUGUUUGUUUUGUGGAAAAUUCAUAUGCUUAGAUUUGGCUAUAAUUGAGGCCAAUAUCAUUCACCCGCUUGUACAUCUUCUCCAACAUUCAGAGUUCGAUAUAAAAAAGGAGGCUGCAUGGGCCAUCUCUAAUGCCACUUCCGGUGGCUUUCAUGAACAAAUCCAAUUUCUUGUUAGCCAAGGUUGCAUCGGCCCACUCUGUGAUCUCCUAAACUGUCUAGACACAAGGAUUGUAACUGUAUGCCUUGAGGGUCUGGAAAACCUUCUGAAGGUGGGUGAGGCAGAGAAAGAAAUGGGACUAAGUGGAGGAGUCAAUAUAUAUGGUCAGGCAAUUGAUGAAUGUGAAGGAUUGGAUAAAAUCGAGAAUCUUCAGAACCACGACAACCAUGAGAUUUAUGAGAAGGCUGUGAAGAUCUUGGAGAGAUAUUGGGCAGAAGAAGAAGAUGAGGAGCAAAACAUCCAGGAUAACAGGGAUGGAAUUCAACAAGGUUUUCCUUUUGGAGCAAACCAGCCUACCCUACCCCCUGGUGGCUUCAAAUUUGGGUAAA